CUUUCUUUCUCUGUUGAAAUCGAAAAGAUCUUGCAAGUUUCAAAUCUCAUUAGGGUUUUUCAUUUUGAAAAAAUAAAGGAACCAUUUUUAUCUCUCUCUCUGUUUUGUUUUUUCGAAUCUGAAGAAGUAAAGUUAAAAGCUUUGAAGAAGAGAAUCAAUGGCGGGUUACAGAGCAGAUGAUGAAUACGAUUACCUAUUCAAGGUUGUUCUGAUUGGUGAUUCAGGUGUGGGCAAAUCCAAUUUGCUUUCACGAUUCACCAAGAACGAGUUUAGCCUUGAGUCUAAAUCCACGAUCGGCGUUGAGUUCGCGACUCGGAGUUUGAAUGUUGAUGAUAAAGUCAUCAAAGCCCAGAUUUGGGAUACUGCUGGUCAAGAAAGGUACCGAGCCAUCACUAGUGCGUACUAUCGAGGAGCUGUUGGAGCGCUUCUUGUCUACGAUGUGACCCGACACUCAACAUUUGAAAACGUUGAGACAUGGCUGAAAGAACUCAGAAACCACACUGAUCCAAACAUUGUAGUCAUGCUCGUGGGCAACAAAUCUGAUCUCCGUCAUCUCGUGGCUGUUCAGACCGAAGAUGCGAAAUCAUUCGCCGAGAAAGAAUCUCUUUACUUCAUGGAAACCUCGGCUCUCGAAGCCACCAAUGUUGAGAACGCUUUCGCGGAAGUCCUCACUCAGAUUCACCACAUUGUGAGCAAGAAGGCAAUGGAAGCUGCAAGUGAAUCCGCUAAUGUUCCAUCGAAAGGAGACAAGAUCGAUAUCGGUAAAGAUGUUUCCGCUGUGAAGAAAGCAAUCGCCGGAGAAACUCACUCACAGUUAAUGGCAAUGGCAAUGGAGGAGCCAAGGAAGCUGAGAGGCCACAAAUCAACUGCCACCUGUUGUAUAGCUUCUCUUGACCGGCCUGGACUUGUUCUCACUUCCGGCGAGGAUGGUUGCGUUUGCUGGUUUGAUUUGCGAUGCAAAGAUGCUCAAUUCAUCAUUGACGUUGGAACAGAACCUGUUUCAUCUCUUUGUUUCAAGACAGGUAAUGAGAACAUUCUCUAUGCUUCUUAUGGAAAUGAAAUCAAGUCUUUCGAUGUUCAUACGCUGAGUGCUAAUUCAUGGAAGCCAUUAGAGAGUUUUAAUUACAACAAAGAUGAAGUAAACCAGGUAGUAUGCAAUGGAAAAUCAUCUUUUCUUGCUUCUGCAGAUGAUUCUGGCGAUGUUAAGAUCAUUGACAUUGGUCAGAAAUGCCUUUAUAAAACCCUUAGAGCUGGUCAUACUAGUAUAUGUAGUUCUGUACAAUUCAUUCCAUGGAGACCUUGGGAAGUUAUUACUGGUGGACUUGAUUCAAAGCUUGUUUUAUGGGAUUUCUCAAAAGGUCGCUCGCAAAAGAUUAUAGACUUUGGAUCUGAUACAAAUAAUAACUCAGGACAAUGCCUAAACCCUGCAUUUGUCCACUCGAUAGCAAUCCCGGAAAUGGACAUGGUUGAUAAGUUAGAAAAGAUAUGCGUGGUUGCUAGAGGUGAUGGAAUUGUCGAUUUGAUCAAUAUCGAAUCAGAACUUUCCCGAAAAGGAACAUCAUCAAAAGGAAGUAGUAGCAGUAGCAGUAGCAACAAUGUGAUCAAAAGGGUUUGUUUAGAUUACUCUGUUGGUGGACACAAUGCUGCUGUUUCUUGUGUAGCGUUUUCUCUGUUUAAGGAGAAAGGUAGAUUCUUGAUCUCAGGUGGUAAUGAUAAGACAGUCAAAAUAUGGGAUUGCUUUAAAUGUCUUGAUCCAAACAACAACAACAAUAACAGAGAUUUCCUCCAUUUGAAUAUUAACCUAAGCAAGAAGGUGAAUUGGCUUUGCACGAAUCAAUCUGAUUCUGAGAAUCUUGUUGUCUGUGACACAACGAGAGUAGUUAAGGUUUACUCAAUCUCUUAAAUAGGCCUUAUGGGACCAUAAAAGAUUCAUCUUUAUUUUGGACAUUGUUAUUAUUAGUGGAGUUUCUCAAGUGGUUGCUUGAUCUACAAGUUAGUUUAUUUGUUCUUGACAACCAAAUUAUAAAGACAGAACCGGCUU